AUGUAUGGACAUUUCCUGUACUCCCAGAUGUCCCAUGAGAAAGCGUGCAGUGCCACCGCGCGCAGACAGAGGGAGCCACAGCAGCCGCAGCGGGACCUUCCACUCAACGCUCCACGCUCCAUGUUGAAACGAAGCAACUUGUCUGCGGACUCCAGCCGUGCGCCACAGCCCCUCCGCGUCCAACCGAGCAUCACCCGCGACUGCUAUGACGCUGAAGGGGAAUAUAAACACCAAAAACAAACUCUGAACCGAGAGGCUUCGACAUACGGAUAUUGA